AUGGCGUUCAAGAUCAAGAACGCCACUUCUUUACUCUUCAUCUUCGUCUUCUUGAUACCCCAAACAGCGGGGAUCCCAGAUGGGACGAGCACCGCAGGGGGGCAUUGGGUUCAACUCCAAAGCAGCAUAGGCAUCUCCGCCAUGCACAUGCAAGUCAUGAGGGACAACAAGGUCAUAAUAUUCGACCGAACAGACUUCGGCCCCUCCAACAUUUCCCUCUCGGGGGGCCGUUGCCGCUUCAACCCAAGAGACAUUGCUCUCAAAAUCGACUGCACCGCACACUCCGUCCUCUAUGACGUCACCACCAACACCAUCCGCCCCCUCACAAUGCAGUCCGACGCCUGGUGCUCCUCCGCCGCCGUCGCACCCGACGGAACCCUCAUCCAAACCGGCGGUUUCAACGACGGUUACAACAAACUCCGAACCUUCACACCGUGCCCGGAAAACAACCUCUGCGACUGGGUGGAGCUUCAUCAGAACCUCACCUCAAGCCGAUGGUACGCCUCCAACCAGAUCCUCCCCGACGGAAGGAUCAUCAUCGUCGGUGGCCGUUCCUCCUUCACCUACGAGUUCGUCCCCAAGAAUGACUACUUGCUAAACGACAAGUCGUUUUACUAUCUCAGAUUCUUGCGUGUCACGCGAGACCCUAACCCUGGUGAAGAGAACAAUCUUUACCCGUUCUUGCACCUCUUACCCGAUGGCAACCUCUUCAUCUUCGCUAACCGUCGCUCUGUUCUCUUUGACUAUAACCACAACCGCGUCGUCCGCGAGUAUCCUAUUAUACCCGGUGAAGAGAAGAGGAACUACCCCAGCACCGGGUCAUCCGUUUUGCUACCCAUGAACCUCACCGGGUUGGGAAACGGGACCCGUUUGCCCGACGCCGAGGUGAUGGUCUGCGGCGGAGCUUUCCCCGGCGCGUUUAACUUGGCAAACAAGAAGAAGGUUUUUCUAGAAGCUUCGAGAAGUUGCGGGAGGCUGAGAGUGACCGACCCGGAACCCCAAUGGGUCAUGGAGGUCAUGCCCACCCCUCGGGUCAUGCCCGAUAUGAUUUUGCUGCCUACUGGAGAUGUUCUCAUCUUGAACGGCGCUGCGAAUGGUACUGCAGGAUGGGAAAACGCAGCGAACCCGGUUUUGUACCCGGUUAUAUAUAAACCCGGUUUGAGCGACCCGUUAUUAAGGUUUCAGUUACUGGCUCCGGGGAAUACUCCACGGAUGUAUCACUCAUCGGCUGUGUUACUGCCAGAUGGCAGGGUUUUAGUGGGCGGGAGCAACCCGCAUAGGGUUUACGAUUUUCUGGCGUACCCGUACCCGACAGAAUUGAGCCUGGAUGCUUAUUACCCGGAUUACAUGGGGCCCGAAUUUUUGACGUUGCGGCCCUCGAUUAUUGCGAUAGAGGCGGCGAAUAAUACUGCGUCGUACGGGGGAACGUUUUCGGUGACGUUCUCGUUGCAGGUGUACCAUCCGAUUCCUGGGAUCAGCGUGACAUUGGUGGCGCCGUCGUUCACGACGCACUCGUUCGCGAUGAACCAGCGAAUGCUGAUGCUGGAAGUGACGGCGGUGGAAGUGGUGGCACCAUUUGCUUACAAGGUUACUGCACGUGGGCCCCUGUCACUGGCGGUGGCCCCACCUGGGUACUACAUGCUUUACAUUGUCCACGCUGGAAUUCCGAGUGUUGCUGUUUGGGUUCAAGUCAAGUGA